ACCACCCUACCGACAUCAUGGAUCCUUAUGAAGUGGACGACGAGCCACGUAUGGUGUCCCGUAACCCCAUGCUCAUCCCGUGUUUCCUCGCGGUCGAUUACAUCUGCAUGGCUGGCGUGGUCGUUCUGUGGUUCGUCCUCCUAUUCACGGAAAACCUCCCUGGGCCGACUCAUCGUGGAUUUUGGUGUCAUGAUCGUAAUCUGAUGAUGCCCUACUUGGAGGAUGAUAUCUUCACGGAGGAGGUGCUCUAUGUGACCUGUUUUGCUGCCCCGCCCAUUAUGAUCCUGUACGGAGAGUGCAUGCUGGCCCUCUGUUCGUGUAAGAAGACAUCGCCUGAGAUGAAGGUUGGGAGGAGAAAGGUCGUCAAGAGUUGUUCUCUCAAGCUUUACCCGGUCAUCAGGAGGAUGUUCAGAUUUACAGGUGUCUUUGCUUGUGGAGCCUUUGCCACAUGGAUCAUCACCGAUGCUGCACAGAGAGUUACAGGAAUACAGACGCCAUACUUCUUGACCGUGUGUCGACCAAACUAUACAGCUCUCGAUUGCAACACAUUCAUCACCGAUUAUGAGUGUGUAAAACGGGAUGAUGAUCUCCUGGAACAAGCUAGGCUAUCAUUUCCUUCGCUACAUGCAUCUCUAGGUUCAUAUGCUGCAGUCUUCACCAUGGCCUACAUGACAAGUCAAGUGAGCAUUCCCUGUACGAGGCUGCCCAUCCCACUGGCGAGUUUGGGUCUACUUUCGGGAGGGCUCCUCUGGGGGAUCACAAGAGCCUCGAAGUAUCGGCAUCACUGGAGUGAUGUCGCGGUGGGUUUCCUGUUGGGUAUGGUGGUGGCGCUGUACUUGGUAUUUGCUGUACUGGCGUGUUUUGAAGAGCGCCCCCAAGAUGACCCAAACAACCUGCCGAAGAAAUCAUCCAGUCCAAAGCGUUCGUCGCCUCUCUCCUUGAUCAGAUUGCCGAGACUACGGGCAUGUAAUGGGAGCCUUGCUGCACAAGUGAGUUGUCGUGUUCUUUUAUGUGAAGGCAGCCUUUAAUUUUGGUCUGUUCCAAGCAGUGUAUGUUGUUAUUGUGGCUCUUCUUCUUCUUUUCAUUCUUUUUCUUCUUUUUCUUCUUCAUCUUUUUUGUUCUUUUUCCAUGUUUCACUAUAUCUUGAGUAGGCCAGACAAUUCUGUUGAGCUUUCAACUAAAUUUGUGGUAUGGUGUUGUGGUAUGAGUCCUGCUCGAGAUAACCAAUACGAUUACUUAUCUU